CAAUCCCCUCUCAAUCAUAUUAUAAUUAAUAAUCUCCCUAGUAAUUAACCUAGCUAGCUACACCAAUGGCGGGAACUCAUCAUUUCCUUUCCACUUUUGUCUUGGUUCUAAUCACCAUGGCACUGUACUCCUUGGCUGGCCCCACAAUGGCGGCCGGCCGCGGCAUCCCCGACGACAAGAAGCAGCCAGAGUUUCUCCCCGGCUACGACGGAACCGUCUUGAUUCCCGGCGUGGGCCGUGUCGUCGUCCCUCCCAAGGGUAAGAAAAUAGACCCCUUUAACUACAACCCCAUCACGGGGAAAAGCGGGUCCGGAACCGGAAUCAUCAGCCCCUUUGAUGGCUUUAUAGGCGCCGGUUCGGGCAAUGUUCUUGGCGGGUACAAUGCUCCCGUUUUCUCUGGCCCCGUAGGGACCGAGGUCCCCAACCCCGAGGAUGGCGCGGGAGGUAGUCUCUCACCGCCAUCUCGUCGUUGAGUACAAAAUGAGGGUUAUUGUUUGUACGCAUUGAAUAAAUAAGAGAUUAGCAUUAUUCAUGUUAAUUGUGAGAGUUAUUAUUGUGUUUUUUCCAGUUAAUUUAGUGUCGAUUUAAUUUGGUAGAGAUUGUGUUAUUGUCAUGGUGUAUUCAACAUGUUGCAUUGUAUUUAGACGUGCUUUGAUGCCGUCUUUCAUGUGAGGUCAAAUCAACAUUAUGUAGCAUGUCGUCCUAAGUUGUAUCAUUAUCAAUAAAUUAAAUGAGUCUUU